UAAAGUACACAAACGCCGACUGCUCUCCUGCUAGAAGGUUUAGCGUUAGCAUUAGCAUUAGCAUUAGCAUUGUCAUUCUCAUUGUCAUUGUUAAAUGUUAUUAUUCGCCUUUGGCUGCUUUUCUUUGUACAGUUUAACAGCGCUGAACAUCGCUCCGUCUGUAUUGUUGCUUAAAUUAUAGUAUUAUAGCGACUUAACGACGCAAGCUAGCAGCUGUGCUGUCAUAGAUAUCUAUGCUGUACUGUGAGCUGAUGCUAAUUAGCAGCCUUCAGCAAAAUGGAGACAGUCUACACUCAAGGCAUUUGGAUGGCAGAACAACUUCAGACAUACACGAAACAUUAUAAAUCUUUCUGGUUGCUCGCUACUCAUAUGGGAGACCCAAAAGCGGCGCUUCUGCUUGUUUUCCCACCCGUUUUCUACCUGCACAGACGAACCGGCAUCGCAAUCCUUUGGGUGGCUGCUGUAUCGGAGUGGUUUAAUCUUGUUUUUAAAUGGGUCCUGUUUGGGGAAAGGCCUUACUGGUGGAUAGGUCAGUCUGGUUUAUUUGUGAAAAACAGCCCUUUGGUCGAGCAGUUCCAGUCCACCUGUGAGACCGGACCAGGUAGCCCAUCAGGCCAUGCCAUGGUCACUGCUGCAGUCUGGUGGGUGCUGGCAUCCUCCCUGUCUUCUUUUCUUCAUUCUCGCUCUGGCAGUAAGAUACUGGCUGCGAUACCUUACAUCUUCUACACGCUGUUGUUGGGAGCAGUCGGUCUGUCUCGAGUCUUCAUUUUGGCUCAUUUUCCACAUCAGGUUAUUGCUGGCAUCCUGACAGGCAUGAUGCUGGGAGUGUUCUUAAACUGCACAGUGCCGGAUUGUCGCCCCCUGCUGUUUUUCCUGUGCUCCAGUAUGGCUCUGCUGUUCGGGGCACUGCUCAUGUAUGCUGUGCUGAAUAAUGUUGGCAUUGACCUCGCCUGGUCUAUCCCAUUGGCCAAGAAAUGGUGCUCUAAGUCUGAGUGGGUUCGCAUGGACACAAAUCCUUUCUCUUCUCUGAGCCGUGAUGCUGGAGCACUUCUCGGGCUGGGCCUUGCCCAGUUCUGGAAACCUGGAGGAUGGCCACUUCCCUGGGUACCGAAGACCCUCUGCAUGGCUCUCUCCUCCAUGGCCCUGUACCAUGUGAGCCGGUUUCCUCUACCUACAGCUCCAGCCCUGCUUUUUUACUCACUCUUUUUCUUAAAAUAUUUCAUAGUGCCCCAGGUUGUGAUGGUGCUGGUACCUGGCCUGGUGCAUCUCCUCACAGCCAAACCCAAGAAGGACUGAGAGGAUUAUGAGAGGAGACUGACUUUUAACCUCUGCUGGAGUCAAAAAUGGGCACCGAAGGUAGUGUACCAUGAAAUGGCUGUGCCAGGAUUAUUACAUUAGUUGUUAUAAGUUAUAAUCCUAUAUAAAACCUUACCAAUGUCCAAGCUGAUGUUUUAUUUAGUGUGGACAGAAAAAGAACACAAAGACCAUUGUGACUGUUUUCAGACCAAAUGUAUUCUUUCCAAAACACCACAUGUACAUCAGAGUGCAUUGGAACAGUGUCCUGACUCCUGCUCCCACAUUAUUUAUUCUACAGGUAUCAUUUCAUAUUGAGAAGAUUUUCACAUACAGAAAGGAAAUUGUUCUGUUACAUUAAAAAAAAUUGGAACAUUGGAAACACUCCAAGUCCAAAAAAGACCCAUAGAUUAAACCAUUCCGCCAGUCCACAGCCAUCCACCAGACUAAACCCUUCCUAAGUCCAGAAUCACCACCAAGUCAGAGUCCAUCCAAUCGUCCAAGUUGUCCUCAGUCCAAACCCUUUUUUGGUUUAAAAACCAUUGCCUAGUCCAAAACCUCACUUCAGUCCAAAACUGUAACUCAGUCCAUUCACGAUCAAACUGUUUUACUUAAAAUGUAGUAAUUUUGAGAGAAUAAUAAUUCUCUCAAAUAAUCAGAAUGAGAGAAUAAUAAAGGAAAUGCCACAAGAAAGCAUCUCUUCUUCAGUUAUCCCAGUCCUGAGCAUUUGGCAUUUAGGCAGUUCUCGGUUCCUAUUUUUCAGUAUUGCUUAUCCACUUAUGGCAUCAAGCAGAUGCCUUUAUCACGCGCAUCUUAUGUUUAUCUCAUUCAUACAACUGAGCAAUUGAGGGUUAAGGGCUUUGAUCAAGGGCCCAGCAGAGGCAGCUUGAUGGUAAUCUGAUUCCAACCUAGAAGCUUCUGAUCAGUAGUCCAACACCUUAACCCCUGAAUGGUUGACUAUGUCCCCAUUUUCUUAGGUUUAAAUUAUGGCUGGUAAGCGAUUAAAAAUUUUAAUCUAAUUAAUUACAUGAUGUGGCAAUUAAUUAAUCUAAUUAAACGCAUUUAAUUGCACAUAAAUAUUAGUUGAGAAUUUCCCCCAAAAUGUCAUUUAAAAUGAUUGUGUUUGAGGAAGAUUGAAUCAAUAUAACAAAAAGCAGUUUUUUAUUUAACACAAGCCUAUCACUUAGGCUACAAUGGCUGUAACAUUUUUUUAUUAUUGAAUACAAGCCUAUCACUUAAUUAAACAAGAUUACUAUCAGUAAUUUAACAAGAAACCCUAAUUUCUUAUUUCUCCUUCAACCAGUUGCUAAGACAAACUAAUUUGUUUACAUUUUCUGAGUUUAAAGAUGCCCUCUUCUUUUGCACAAUGUUGCCCACCAGUGAGAAAAGUCUUUCGCAUGGUACAGUGGUUGCAGGCGUGGCCAAAUAUUUGCGAGCUGAGGAAGACAGUUUAAUAUGGGCCUCUGCAUUAACUGACCACCACUCUAAAGGACACUUAUCCAUCUCAAUAGUGGGUUGAGCUCUGUAGUUUUGUAACGCAUUGCUAACAUGAUUUUCUUCCUCUGGUUCUGAGUCUGACUCUGAACCCAGCAGAAGGAUUCUCCUUUUCUUAGCUGGCUCAUGUUCUUCACUGGGUUGUGGAGUAUGUGUGCUGGGUUCUGCCUCCUGUAGUAUUUUCUCAAGGCUGGACCAUACCUGUUCUCUCUCUCCUCUUGCUAGGCACUUCAAGUCCUUAAAACGUGGGUCAAGAGCUGAUGAAAGUUUCAGCCAUUCAUUGUUUGACAGCUUGGCGUUCAGCAAGGUCUUUCUUGAAGGCAGUCUUGAACCUUGCCACAUAUGCCUAUGAAACCUAUGUUUCACCCCCAAGGAGUUCAGUGACAUACCUGAGGUGGAAGAUAACAAGGUCAAAUACAUUUCAGUACAUUUAGUUUAGGCUAAGAUAAGCAUAUUUAACAUGAAUAUAAAAGCAGCAGGCAAGCAGGCUGAAUAUAAAAGGUGAUUCAAAAAUCCUUAACAUUUUCUAGUUCAUUUUAUGGAUUUUUUGGACAUUUACACAUAGCUGUGUAAAAAAUAUAGCUAUAUUCCUUAAGAUCACGUGAUGAGUUCCACCUCGUUGAAACGUCCUGUAUCAGUUGCUCUCUUUGUUGUCCGAUUGUUGUUUGUUGCUGAUGUAGCUCCUCUGUGUUAGCAGGGCUGUGCUUAAAAUGUCCUACAAUUUUGCGACACUUUGUCAAUGCAUCGACAAACCCACUGUCCGAAAGGCAAACAGUAAUGGUCCUCUGCAAUAAGAACUUAAGACUUGGUAAUAGAUGGAAUAUUCAUCAAUUCAACUAUUGUGUCCAGUAUCCCAUUAUUGCAUUACAUAUAUAUUCCCAGUUGGAGAUAAAAUCCUAAUUGACUCUUUUGUUUUCCUGUUGUUAAGUGAAUAAGAUCAAAACGUACAUCCGAAUCAGCACAGACACCAUUCAGCGUUUUUCACUGGCCAUAUGUUUAGCAAAGUUCGAGAAGGAAAAUGAGCCAGACUAAAUGCAACCUCAAGCAUAAUUGCAGACAGUGGGACCUUUUUAUGUGUUCAUAACACAAAGGAAAAAUCGCGUCAUAGCAGUGGCCUGGUAUAUUAUUGCCAUUUUUGUGGCAGUAAUAGGGAGAAUAAAGGUAUUAUUGUAAAAAGGGUCUUUAGUCUGUUCACAAUUGAAAACCAGUGAUGUGAAUUGGUGCACACAUGCACAAGCAGGAAUAUAGGAAUAUAGGAAUAUAUUUUAUUCCUAUAUAAAGGAGAUCCUCUACAAGUGUCUCAAACUGUCAAGCAAAUCCAUUUUUGAACAUGUGACCUAAAGCACCAUCGACUAUAUGGACUGUACCGGAAUUGACUGUCACAUUUUGUUUUAUUUUAUUCCCCUUCAGGCACAGACCUCUGUAAGCCUUUAUAGGUAUAUUAAAAAAAAACAACAACAUUAAAAUAAACUGCAAACUUCAAAAGAUUAUUUCAAGUUACAGCUCAUUCAUGUAGUUUUUGGGUACAACAUCUUUUGUGUAUAACAUCUAUUACUGGGAAAAUAUUACCAUAUUUUCCACACUAUAAGGCGCACCUAAGAGCCUUAAAUUUUCUCAAAAAUUGGCCGUGCGCCUAAUAAUCCGGUGCGCCUUAUGUGCGCCUUAUGAGUUCCAAAAAUCUGUAAAAAUGUUGUUGUGCGACUUUGGUAAGCACUCCGCUUGACUGACUGUCAGACCAUUUCCCGCUGACACAGGGACAUAAUACAUACACUACAUACGCUGGCAGCGAUAAACCAAUCAGAGAACAUUACGUAAUACGUACAGUACGUACGCUUAACUCCGCCACGCCUCUGGUAGGUAUACUACCGGUAUGUUGCAAAACAUUUGUUUCUGCCUAACCAUUAUGCACUCCACACUCCAGUCCAGUAGGUGGCGGUAAAUGCACCUUAAGUUGGUUUGCCAUCCACCAAUAAAAACAAAGACAUACAAAACAAAACAAAACGCCUCAGAUGAGGUGACCAAGAGGUUAAGAUGAUGGCUUGCCAAGCCAUUGGGCUCUGUAUCUGUGGUAGUGAAUCCCACCUGUGCUGUGUGUCAUUUAACCACAUGUUUACUACAUCUGGUUUUGUUGCUGUCUGUUUCACACAUAUUACAUGUACAUUUGUUUGUCUAAGGACCCCCGAAAAUGGCACCAGUGAAGAGACAUGCUUACGAGGCACAAUUCAAACUACAGGCUAUCAGUUGUAAAUGGGAAUAGAGCAGCUGCAAAAAAAUUCAACAUCAGUGAAUCUAUGGUUCGGAAGUGGAGGAAGCAAGAAAAUUAACUGUGCCAAGUUAAGAAGACACAGUAGAUGAGGACUUUGAUGGAUUUGUGGGAGAAGAUUGAUUAAAAAAUAAUGUGUGUGUAUUGUUAAAUAGUAGAAUAAAGUUCAACUAAACUCACUGUUUUGCUCCUGUUACCUUUUUUGUAGACCGUAUGUUUUAGCAUGCGCCUUAUGUAUGGGUUAAGUACAGAAAUAGACCCCGUAAUUGAGACUGCACCUUAUAAUUCGGUGCGCUUUAUAGUGUGGAAAAUACGGUAAUUUCCCAUCUUUUUACAUCUUAGCAGUGAAUCUAUGAAUCUAAUUUUCAACAUAACAGAUGCUGCUCCUGCACUUGGACCCUUUCAGACGUGGUGUUUGUAGCAUGUGUGUGAUAACAAUGAGGCGGUUAGGUAGGAUGGAACUAAAAAUAAACUGCUUCCCACUGGGUCCA